AUGCCUCCGCUUAGCCUUGAGGCGACACUUUACCUUUUCCACCAUAUUGUACUGCCUCCAAAGCUACCACAGACGAACGACUGGAAGGUAGAACAUGAAGAUGCACUGCUUGACAUAACAGUGGAAGCCCUCCAGACGUUCGGUGAGGCUGUCCAAAAAGAACAACCGAAAGUAGCUAGCCACAUAGAUCUCGUAGCAUCUGCAAUCCACAACCUGCGUCGCAUCCGCAAUACGUCCGGAUUUGUCGCCGACUCCCGACUCGCAGACUUGCUCCAUGGCCUGGCCUCCAAUAAGACGUCUGGGACUGUCCCCAUCGAGAUAAAGGCACAAAACGCGGCGGUGAUCGUCAGUAAACAAGAAGCAGGUGCUGAUGUCGUCUUUGAAGUUUUCGAACUGUCACCGCCAAAUGAGACCGUGAUGCGAACGAAAGGUCAACUCAAGCGCUCCUUUCCGACUUUUGCUUGUCAAGUCUCUCUCCAACAGUUCCAGGAACAAGGUUUGAUUGAAGCACUAGCGCAAACGCUUGGGAGGAUGAGCUGGGAAGCAGCUCCGGGCUUCCAGUCUCAGACCCGCAAGAAUGAGCAAGACCACGAUGAGACUCGCGAUACCACGCAUCCAGGCUUGAUCACUGAUUUCCUCAUGCAUAUCCUCUCCGUCGUUGGUCAGCCCACUGAUGUGCAGGGUGUUUGGAAGAACACUCGCGAAGAUGUUCUAUGUUCCAAAGGCUUCCUGCCCUGGAGAAGAUCUGCCUUGUGGCUCCUUGUUCGCACAACAAUGCAGCUUCAAAUCGCUCGCAUGUCGUCCGCAAACGUGUACAAGGCUGUCAUGGUGAAUCUGUUAGCGAGGCUCCUCCAAAGUGUGAAAGCCCAUUACGAGUUGAUAGAUAUCGACCUGAUGUACAUCAUCUCCGCCAAGCUGACCGGCCGCCUACAGAAGUUGAGGAAGCUGAUUUCCGGGCGCUCCUUCGACCUCUACACCAAGUCUGCCCAGAAGCUUCUAGACGAGGCACGAUUGUCGAUGGUCGCAAGGAUUGAACGUGCUACGAACAGCGCACAUAACAAUAUAGAUGUGGCAGUACUCGCCGAUCUUCAGCCCGACAACGAGCUUGACAUCCAUCUCCCAGAAGUGGAUGACUUCAUUACGAAGAUUUCUCGUAGGAAACGCCAAGUUGAUGUAUCAGAUUUUCAACCUACUUCAACAUGUCUGGUAUACCUAGAGCAUGAGCUGCCCACCAACUUCAGCGGCUCAGGAGAAUACACGUACUUCUACUUGGCGACAGUUGAGGGAUGGGUCGAAGAUCACCUUUCCUCUUGGGUUGAGCGAUGCAUCUCCUAUGAUACGUCAUGUGAAAAGCUACGCGGGCUUCUCGAAGAGUAUUUCCACCAGGCGAGUUCGGCAUACAGCACCCCAAGCAAUAUACCAAGGAGUCUAUCGACCAUGUAUCUUACCGUUAUGGAGUUAUGGAUUGCAUGUGACAAGUGCGCUUGUAGGAUGUAUCCAUUGCUACACGACUUCGACCCAGAAGUGGAAUUGUCCUCUUUCCAGUCGCUUUCCUUGCCCUUCAAGAGUCAGUUGGAGCGGCUGUUGGUCGCUGAGGCCUACCUGCAAUGCCGCCGAAGAGAUGCGAGGGCCGAUGCUCCAUCCCUCUACCGCGACUUUGGCCUUCCAUCUUCUUUCACAGUCAGGUUUUUUGAUGGAUCUCUGGAACAUCACAGGUUACUCUCAGAUAUCAGGCAGCAGGCAACUGUGGCACGUGAAGAGAAGUGCCGCGAAUUGGCUCAAAAGAAACAACAGUAUCAUGACCUUAUAGCUGCGUCUGAUAAGCGUGACUGUGACUACCAAGAAGUUUACAACCGGUACUACGGAUCAAGCAGCACUGAACACGCCCCGUGGUGCGAGAAAUGCAGUUUGCGUUCUCGAGCUGAACAACUCGAAAUUCAUGUCCAUGAAUGGCCGCUUCAUUCAGACGAAUCGAUCGCAAAAGCAACGGUUUUUGAACUACGAAUUCCAACGGCCUACAGUCACUGGCGCGACGCGACGAUGUUCUUACGGGUGGAAGUGUUAGGCUUCAUCCAUACCAAAACCACAGAAUCAAGCCCAAAAUACGGUCUCAACAGACAAGAUGGGUUGAGCAGUUUUUGGGCCUCCCCGUCCUGUCGGCGUGUUAACCUUGUUUCCGAGGUCAAGCCGCUGACAGGGAGCCACUACCGCGUCAAGAACGGUGUUGUCUUCUUACAAGAGAAGGACAUUUGUGUUGAAAAUGCACUUCGAUACCGGUACUUCGACAGCUCGCACAACACCUUCAUUACUAUCCUGCGCUCCACGCCACAAGUAUCGAAAAAGUGCACAUACCAACUUCCGGCUCGCUCAUCGAAACUUCAAGCCUACUUGCGAACACCCACCACUUCGAACGACAUAACCCCGAAUCAAGUGAUUGCACGUUUGUCAGAUUGCCCCUCACAUUUCUCUUUGGACGAAUACAAGGCCUUCGGAUCUCUUCCGAUUGGGUAUAGAAUCCAAUACCAGAAUAUUCUUGUGCAACUUGCAAUGCCAACCCUGGACUUGAAUAAGACCGAGACACAGUGCUUGAUUUUGCAGACGAUACAUCGCGCAGGCCCACCCACAAGCAACAGCAAUCCAGAGCGGAUUGCUCACGAGAUCCUUACCGAUGAGUUAUUCUGUGGCGCUCUUACGAAUAAGAUUGAGGCCGCUUUGCGGCGCGUGAGCGAGAAUUGGGAGACUUGGAGAGCUGUCGCAGCUCUUGUGCAGGUGACGUUGCGAAUACUCAGCAUCAAUACCUCCGAUCGAAUCGCUGCAAGAUGCAUAGAGCUGCUUCAAGAGGCUCGUCUGAUAUCUCUGAAAUGGUUGAAUCGCCUCAAGAAACGGCUCCCUACAGCGACAGAUGACUCGCAACGAAAGGAGCUCUCUUCUAGGCUUACUGAGAUUGGCCUCCUGUGUACGAGUACAUUCGACACUGAUGGGGAAUGUCUAGAAGACAUGCUUUGUUCCUCUUCUGCAGUUUCAGUAUUGCUUCAGACUUCAAUCGUAGUGCAGGAGAACAAGGACGUCACGUCUUCAGAGCACGAGUACCUUCAUCACGCUAUGCUGCAGUCAUGGAGAUUGCUGCUUCUUCGAGCGUUGCCAGUGAUUGCCAAAGACAUAUCUUCUGACACUGUACAAGAAGGUCUGAGCCAAGCUGUGGCAACAUCAUGGGCAAUCUUUCGCCCUACGAACCGCUGGAUUGUACUUGAGAAUCCUCAGCAUCACUGGAUGUACGUCGAAUACGACGCAAAAGCUGUUCAUUUCAACCUACUUACCGCUGAGCUGCUUGUAAACGGUCUACCACUGUCUCGGCUCCCAGUGCAAUACACACAACAUCAUCUGUAUUCUUCACUUUUCGACAAGGUGCCGAUAGAGGUGACGUCUGCCGUGGAGCCAGGGAUGGAGUUUUCUGCGAUGCACCCUUUCCACCCCGAUUGGUGUUACAACCUCAGCUUUGGAAUGGAAGGCUCAGACAUGCUUGUUCUAGCUGCCCGAGGUGGAACGAAGUUUGAUCUUAUACCCUCCCGUGUAUUCAAGAGCCUACUUCCUACGAUGUUUGUUGAUGACUACUUCCACUGGUACGACCACGAUACCGAAGAAGUUGAGUUUCGUCCUCGUAAUAAUCCCUGGGCUUCUACCUGUGGGCUGUGGUGUUUGAAGAGAUAUGGAGCUAGUUGGCGCCUCGAGAAGGGAGAUACGUAUCUAGUGAGUCCAGCAAGCAACACUGGCAGCACAAUAUCGAAGAUCUUAUCGCCUUUGGAGCUUCAAUCGCACAUCCACAUCUUGUCUGAAAAUUCUUCUGCCACCCUUAUAGAGCUUCCCCGGCGACGACUAGGCUUCCAUCACACACAAGGCGACUCUAGGAUCUACUCCCAUCAGUACAAGGGGAUGGUCGUCGACACCGAUCGGCGAAUGGGAACGUUGUAUGGGCUGGCCACCGUACUCAUUCUGAAGUACGAGCAGGGAAUAGAGCAUCGCUUGGCUCUCAUACCAGAAGGCGAUGUGACAUAUUCGACGACGACGAUGGGCCAUGUCUCCGUCUCAACUAGAUUGGAUACGGCCUGGACGACCCACGCGUAUCAGGUGGAUGGGAUUCUGGGUCGACUGAUAGAUAAUGGAAGUUUGCAGAGCAAACUCUUCCUGUGCUACCUCCAUGCGCUUACUUCUCAUUGCCUCCCAGACACCCUGACCGGCCAUACUGGGACUGAAGCUGCUUUGUCAAUCUUACGGGCAGGGGCAGCAUCAUCCUUCGAUGUGCUUACGGCGGUCAACAUUAACCUUCUCAAGGUUAUUGCUCACUUGACGCCAGGACGGAAGUUCUACCCCUCUCAUAGGGAGGUCAUGCAAGAGGUCCAUUGGGACAAAAAUUUGUCCUCCAUGUCUCAGCACCCCGGCUUUUAUACGGCGGUAGAGGGACUGUUCUCCAUAUCGCGGAGAACGAAGCUGCUAUAUCCCAACGAUAUCUAUGUAGAUCCCCCAGAGCUCGGCCUUGGCAAGCUUCAUCUGCUCGAGAGAGACAUGAUAAGAACAUCAAAUUUCCGUGUCGAUGGCUUUGGCGCAGAACACUAUACCCGUGACUUCGAUCAACGCUACGAAGCCAGAGCUAAGGUUGCCGACUCGCAACGGGGACCGCGUAGUUCUGUUGCCGCUGGGAUGAUUCUUCGAAAGCAGGCUACCCUCCACUCCCCCAUUUCUGCGUAUGGUCUCCAAAACUCCCUUCGAACGGUUCAUCUGCAUAAUGCCACAGUCCAAGGUCUCAAUACAGGAUUGAAUCCGCUCAUACUUCGUUAUGACGCUUCGUGGCUCGUGAAGCCAUCUUCCUUCCUUCCAGACAUGUGGUGUAAUCUACACUCAUUGCUUGCAAAAUUACCUUGGGACUUUAACAAAUUUAAUCUGAUGUUCUGGCUGUCAACCGCAGCAUUUGAGGAAUCCGCAGAUAUGGAUGUCAUCCAAGUCCUAGCCGCAUUCUACAAUUGUUGUGACCUGGCAUCGAUCAAGAUUCCUUCGGAUGCCAGCUUCAACCUGGCAGAGGGAGAUUCCCCUACUCUGUCCGCUAUUCAGGAUCUCGUACAGAUAUAUCGGCCUUACGAAGCUUGCCCUGAGUAUAAUCUACCACAGCUGCUCGGGGAGCAGUAUUGGCAAUGGGACGCGAGAAGGAAAAGACUCUUUGAGAUGAAUCAAGACAACGCCGCCAAGACCUUCGCACAUGCGCUCCACGACCAGUGGCCCUGCGAGGUACCGAUUACACCAUGCACUCAGUCUGCGGAAACGUACCUAGAUACUGGGAGGGCUAUGUCAGAGGUUCGUCGCAUGUUCAAAACCUGGCACGAUAACCGUGGCUUUUAUCAGUAUCUUGAAAACGUCUCAUCUACUCUGGCACGACAGAGCAUCGCCCGUGUGAGGACCAAAGACAACCGCGUCGUAGAUGUGCCCAACGAUUGUGAAGGGGAGAAUGGAUCCCCUUUCUACACUGUCAAAGAUAUCUUCAACUUAGAACCGCCGGCAUCGUUCGCAGUUUCAUCGAACUCUACCGACUUAUGCUUGCCGAUGUUGCCCACGCCGCUUCGAAUACCCACAGAGCAGCAAACCAUGGAUGAAGGUAGUGAUCAAGCCGAAAAACGGCUCACGUCGCUAUUUCGAAAGCUUAGGCUUACUGCAAAGUCUUCUCACGAAAAGGACUACAUCUUGGAUCUAUAUGAAAGUUGCGAUUCGCUUACACUUCAGGAAACAAAAUCCCAAAUCCGUUUGGAUAUGCCGCAAAGCGAGCUCCUGAGGCUCGUGGAGAGAAACCUAUACGACUGCCGGCAAUAUCUCAAUGAAAUGAGCUCCCUCCUACAAAGGCUUGUUAAAACAGGCAACGAGAUUGCGGCUAAAAUAGGCCAGUCUCCUCGCAUCUCUCCAAUGUUCUGGCUUCGUCAAUUAAACAGAGACCGCUUCAAUACCCUAACUGAGAAUUGGAAAGUAGUAGUCGUUAGAUACGGUCUUGCCGUGACCGAGCUCCAGCGCGCCCGGAGACUUCUAGCACUCUCUUGUCACCCACAUGAGUUUGCAGAAGAGUUGCGCAAUGGCGGGCAUCAGAACUGGGAACCAAUGGAGUUUCCGGAAACGUUGCUGCUCGAGGCUGAGAGUGGUCUAUCGGUUCGCGAGGUGCAGGAAGAAAUUGCGAAACAAAUGAGAUGCCCACCAAACUAUGCAAACUCCGUCAUGCAACUCAACAUGGGAGAGGGAAAGUCCUCCGUCAUCGUUCAGAUCAUCGCGGCAUUCCUGGCUCAAGGUGACUUAGUCAUUGUUGCAAAACCGCACUCAAGACAGAUGUUUCAAAUGCUGGUUUCGAAGCUCGGUGGGCUGCUCAACAGGCGAAUAUAUCAUAUGCCAUUUUCCAGAGCCCUGAAACUCAGCUCCUCUGAAGCUGAUACACUUGGUGAGAUCUACCAAGAAUGCAGAGCUAAUCGCGGCAUUUUGCUCGUCCAGCCUGAGCACAUCUUGUCCUUUAAGCUUAUGGGCAUCGAAUGCCUUCUCAAUGGGCAACCUGAUGUAGGAAGGUCGCUGCUGCGAACUCAAAGUUUCUUUGACAAACAUUCCCGAGACAUUGUCGAUGAGAGUGAUGAGAAUUUUAGUGUCAAAUUUGAGCUAGUUUACACAAUGGUUGAGUACGGUACCCAAAUGCCAAUACAGCUCAGUCCAGAGAGGUGGACCAUAAUUCACUCAAUCCUGGGAUUGGUCGCCAGAUACGCCGCCGAUGUCAAGAAAAUGUUUCCCUCUUCGAUAGAGUUCGACGAACACCGGGUGUCAGGAUAUCCUCGUACGCGCAUUCUCCGUGGUGAUGCAGAGGAGAAGCUACUAGACCUGAUCUCCGAACACGUAUGUAGGGUCGGCAUCUCAGGGGCUUUCUUCACGGAAACUACCAAAGGGCCACUACUCCUCUUGCGAGGUCUCAUCGCGGGCGGGGUGCUAAGCUUUGCUCUAAAUUCCAAGCGAUGGAGGGUCAAUUAUGGCAUCGAUUCCAGCGGUGAACCGAAAACACGGCUAGCUGUGCCAUACCGCUCGAAAGACAGUCCCUCUCCCCGAUCCGAAUUCAGUCACCCGGAUGUGGUCAUUACUCUCACGUCACUCACCUAUUACUAUGGCGGUCUGGAUAAUCAGGAUCUCUUUGACACAUUUGCACACCUGGAGAAGUCAGACCAAGCAGACGUUGAAUAUCAAAUAUGGGUCCGCUCGGCAGCAGAUCUUCCCGAGGCCUUUCGGCAUCUCACUGGAGUCAAUAUCAAAGACCGUCAUCAGUGCACCACCAAGAUAUUCCCAUCGCUUCGGUAUUCGAAAGGUGCUAUCGAUUACUUCCUGUCUCACAUUGUGUUUCCCAAGGCGAUGAAAGAAUUCCCAUACAAGCUCUCUGCCUCCGGCUGGGACCUUGGUGCAAUCAAAUCGCAUCCCACGACCGGCUUCAGUGGUACGAACGACUCACGUCAGUUACUUCCGCUUAGCGUCCAUUAUCUUGAUUCCGAAAGGCAGAACCAUACCAAUGCUUUGGUGUUGGCUUACCUACUGCAAGAUGAGAACUCGCUCAAACUACUACCGCCGCAGACAGAUGCGGAGCGUCUGUUGAUGAUCAUCGAUAGAAUGGAACUGCCGACUCGGGUUAUCCUUGAUGCUGGCGCACAAAUAUUGGAGCUCAGUAACAUCCAAGUGGCGGAAACGUGGCUUCGCAUAAGCAACUCAAACGGCACCAAGGCAAAAGCAGCCAUCUUCUUCAACGACAACGAGGAACUCUCCGUUCUUGAUCACAAUGGCUGCUUUGAGUUACUUCAAACAUCGCCAUUUUCAAAGCAUUUGGAUGAAUGCCUUGUAUAUCUUGAUCAGGCACACACCCGGGGAACAGACUUGAAGAUGCCCAAGCACUACCGGGCUGCUGUAACUCUGGGGGCAAAUUUGACAAAGGACACGCUGGUUCAAGCAUGUAUGCGAAUGCGAAAGCUGGGAAAGGGCCAGUCAGUCAUCUUUUGCAUUCCAGAAGAGAUACAAACAAAGAUUCUGGAGUGCACCUCAAAGUCAUGUAGUACAGAUAUAGAAGUUUCCGAUAUUCUGGUAUGGGCAAUCACCGAGACGUGGGCAGACAUGCGUCGGAAUAUAUCUUUGUGGGCUACUCAGGGUCACCGCUACGAGGACCACAAGGAUUACCUCAAUGGAGUGGAAACGACUGUAGAGCAAGCAAAGGAGUUUCUUGAAAAGGAAGCUCAAAGCCUUGACGAUCGCUAUCGACCUUGUCUGCGCAAUCGCUUCGAUGCAAUAAGGGACUGGGACACCACCAACAGAAACAUCCGGGAGAUUCUGAAGCGAUAUCGCGCCUUUGAGGCAGUAUCUCUAGACACAGCAGCGCUUCAAGAAGAGCAAGAAAGAGAGCUCUCUCCAGAGAUCGAGGAAGAGCGAGAAGUUCAGAAACCUGCACCUAUGGAAGCUGAGAAGCACGAACUACACCCUGACCUUGUCCGGCUGGUGGGCACUGGCAUAUUCUCGGCAAAAUCAGACGCAUUCGUACCCGCAUUUCGGGCUCUGGAGUCGAUGAGUGCUGCAAUGCAACUCGAUCUUGAACAAUUUCCGAAUGACCUCCUCGUGACAGCGGACUUUGUGCGCACCGUCAAACACCUAGGAGGAGUCAUGUCGGAUUCGUAUUUCUCGGACUCAUACCUCAGACCUGUGCAAUGGAUUCUCUCAGUUAUGACGGAAGAUGAUCUCUCCGCUAAUCGAUGUUUCUUUAUCCUUAGCCCCUUCGAAGCUGAACAACUCGUUGCAAAAAUCCAAAAAUCAGACUUAGCGACGCUGCAUCUUUACUCUCCGCGUCUCACCCAGAGCUAUGACCCACUCGAUACGCUUGACCUGUAUUGCGUCGGCCAUGAUUUCUCUGCGUGCAUCUUAAGCCUCCUACGAAGCCAAAUCGUCGAGCUCAAUCUCUUCGCUGGCCAACUUUACUUCAAAUCCUACACAGAGUACGUGGAGCUAUGCAGAUACUUGGGUCUAGCGUGGGAAGCCCCUAAAGAGGGAGAAGAGCUGCAGGUCGAUGGGUUCAUCGUACCGCCCGUUGGUGUUUGGCGCUUAAAUACAAGUCCUGUGGGGUUCUUGAGGGAUUACAUAAAGACGAGACGAGAAGGCGAGGGUAUGGAGAAGACCCACCUGGGUAAAGUGCUUGAGGGUGGUUUGUUGGAGAAACGCGAAAUUGAUACUGGGUAA